UGUUGGUAUCCAGUUUUUGAGUUUUGACAAAAUAGUGGCAUGACGAUUUUCGAAUCUGAUGGACAAAGUAUUGCUGGUUAAAUUUACAUACAAAAUCAAAAAGAAUUUUUUUUUAAAAUAAAACACCUCGUAUUGGUUCAUAAUAUUGACGAAAUAAAUUCGAUAGAACAUAUCAUCCGAGUAAUAAAAAUUGCAAUGCUUCAGCAACAUCUAUAAGAAAAAAAUUAACUUAGUCCUUCCCUCAUAAACAUCGCAUUGAAAGUGCCCGAAAAAGUGUGUCUGCAUGCCAACACUUAUGAGAUUAUGGUUUGAGAGAGCACACCGGAAUCCUACCAAUUUAUAUGUAUGUUUGUUAUGAUAUGAUACUUUGCCGACCAAAUAUUAAGCGGGAAUUGCUGGCCAAACUACGGAAUCGAAAACUUGCACUGACCCAAUAUUGAUUAUUAGAAUCAGAAAAUUUCACAACGCCAAAGUUCUAAGAAUAAAGCGAGAAACCAAAAAAAAAAUGAAUUCACAAAAUUCGGAUAUUGAUACAGUCGGAUGUGCUGAUAGUCAGGCAAGGGCCAUAAUAGUUACGAAAUCGACAAACAAUCAAAUUGUACCAUCGACUAAGAGGAAACAAAAUUUACCGUUAGCUCAUCAAAUGAAAAGUGCGUCGACAACCGACCUAACAGUCGCUAGUGUACCGAAUAAAAUAACCGGCACACCCACGAAAUCAACGAAUCUGUCAACCAAUCACGUCACACACAGCAAGUCUCAGCAUAUAAACACCGUUCGCCAAAUGUCAAGAGCGGUUAUGCCUAGGGGACAGAACAAUGGAAGAACUGAGCCCGGCGAUGAUCAAAGUCUGAGCUAUCAGAACUAUCAGUGCUAUCCGGCCUCUGUACCGUACAGUACAUCGUCUGUGACCGUUCCAAUCAGCAUGAGUUCGCCGCAUAUUGGCACCGUACAUUCGAAUUAUCACAGCCAAUACCAUAGCUAUUCGAAUCAAUUGCAAAUUCAGCAACCGAAUGCCAAGCAUAAUGACAUCGGUAACAGACCAAACUAUUCGCAUAGACAGAAUGGUUCGAACAAGAAGAUGUACAACUCGAACUACACGAAAUCGAAGAGAAAUGGUAACUACAAUAACAACAACCACAACACCAACACAUCGUCCGACAAGACGUAUAAUUCGAGCACCACCACCACCACCAACAACAACAACAAUUAUAGCAAAAAUAACAACAUCACCAACAACAACAAUAACAACAAUGAAUACCAACGUAACAUGGCGAACAUGUCGGGUGGUCAGGCAAAUAACCAACCAAUUACGAGAAGCGGUCACCGAUCGUUUAACUCGGAUACGUCGCAGAAUAUUUCUCCAUCGCGUGACCAUUAUUCCUCCUCAUCAUCAUCGUCGUCUUCAUCGUCGGUGCCGUUGAAUAAGAAAAGAGAUUCACGCACCACCCCAACCACAGCGUACGCCCACGAACGGGACGUUUCAUACAUAAGCCGUCCGUGGCCACAACAUCAAUAUAUGGAAAGUGUUCAGAAUCCGAUAUUUUCGUACGAUUGGUUGAGAACUGACGGAUAUUAUCCGGCCGGUCGAUUGCCGCAUCAGCAGCACAUUACUUAUUCGGAUCCGAGCACCGGCGAAUUCAUCACUGUUACGAACGUUCUCGACGGUAAAAGAGUGAACAAGACGAACCGAGUGAAUCCGAAGAAUGGCACCAACACCGGCAUCAAACGUUACACGCCGCCGGAUCGAUUUAUGAAUCGGGCACCGCAUGUGGAAAUUAAGGAAACGCCGCAGAAUUUGACAAAUGGCACCAGAUGGGACAGAUUGUCGAUUCAGGUGUGGGACAAAUUUCUAUUGUGCCAACAGAAGGAGGGGACGUACAUGAAAAAGAUCAAAAUGUGGAAGAAUAUGUACUGCUCGGUGCAGGAAUCGUUUUCGGACUAUUCACUGUAUAUGGUGGGUUCAACGAUAUCCGGUUUCGGGUCGGAUGUCUCAGACGUAGAUAUGUGCCUUGUCGAUUCGACGAAGAAUAGCCAAGUUUACUUCGGUAACGAUUUGCGAAUACAUUCCGCAAAAAUACUGAACGACUUCAAAGAACUUCUGAGCAGAAACGCAAUUUACGGCGAGUUCAAUUUAAUUCUUGCAAAGGUGCCAAUUUUACGAUUCAAGGAUACGUUCCACGAAUUCGAAAUCGAUUUGAAUUACAACAAUUACGUGGGCGUGCAAAACACUCAUUUGAUGUAUUGUUAUGGUCGGAUGGACUGGAGGUUGCGUCCGCUGGCAUUAGUUGUUAAAAUUUGGGCACAAUAUCACGGCAUCAACAAUGCAAAGGAGAUGACAAUUUCCAGCUAUUCGUUGGUGCUGAUGGUCAUUCAUUUUCUUCAAUGUGCUGUUAGUCCACCAGUUUUGCCUUGUCUGCAUGAUUUGUAUCCCAGUAAGUUCCAGAAGCAGCAAGAAAUCAAAAGCAUCGACAUGCAUGAGGAUUUGGCGCCAUGGUUCUCGCAAAAUAAGCAAUCGUUAGGCGAAUUGUUUUUCCAAUUUUUCGAUUACUACACCAAUUUCGAUUUUUCCACCAAGGCGAUCUCUGUGCGCAAGGGGUGUACCAUUCCGAUUGAAUCGUGUAAAACCAAUAACAGUCCGAAGAACGAUCCAAAUCAAUGGAAGGAGUUGUGCAUCGAAGAGCCGUUUGAUUUCACCAAUACGGCGCAUUCCUGUUACGAUCCUCACAAGUUCCAAUGGGUCCGGCGCGUUUUUACCAUGUCGUAUGAGGCACUGUACACCACCAGGGAUUUGAAAAGUACUUUCUUUUGUACAUUUGGACAUUCGAUACCCUUAACGACACAGUUACUUUUUCAGGCAUCCUGUCUCUGUGAACGACAUGAAUUGCGAGAUAUCUUUUAGCGUGGCAAAUGUUAGAAAUGAAUAAUGAAAUGCACAAGAAAUAUGAUCCCCGUUGAAGAAAAAUGAAGAAAAGAAAACCAAAAAAAAAAGUGUGAAAGACGCGAAAAAACCACUAAUUGGAUUAUGUCCGUUCGCCGAACAAUUUAAUGCCAAAAAUCAAUUUCUUAAAUCAAUCCGUGCCACUUAAUCUAUGUUGUUCGUUUUGUUGUUCUUUUUUCUCUUUUGUUCUACUUUUCCGCGCAAAAUUUUCUCUUUCUUUUUUAGAAAAAUCGAUGAUGUUUCAUAUUUAGUAGUGUGUAUUGUGUGUUUGAAUUUUUUUUUUUCGUCGAAACUUUUACAAUCUAAGAGCAGGGACAAGAAAAAUACCAAAAAAAAAUCAUUAAAAUAACAAAAAUCAACGAAAUAAUUUCCAACCAAAAAAAAAAUCACAAACUCAAAAAUCGUCAAAAAAAUUAUUAAAAAAUCAAAAAAACCAACAAAUAAAAACCAAAAAAAAAUGCCUAGGUCCCCAAUUAUGCUCACAAAUAAUGUAAAACUCAUAAAUGUUUCGUUUUCGGUAUGGAUAUGAUUCUUUUUACAUUCAAUAUGAAACAUCAGUCGGUUCUAUUUUUUGUGUAUAACGAAUUCAAAAAAGCGAAGUAAUUAAAAAAAAAAAACGACAACCAAAAAAAAAUAUUAAAUUUAAAUCAAAAGUCUCGGAAUAUCUCAUGUUCAAGCAAGAAAAUCUUGUAAAAAAA